AUGGCCCACAAGCCACUUUCCGAAUUCCAGAAAAUAGGAUACAAUACAUUUAUCUGGACACCCCCAAGCUAUUCCGCGCAAUCACCGCUCAUUUUCUUCUUCGCCUGGAAUGCGGCGGCUGCCAAACACAUCGCCAAAUACACUCUCGCAUACCAGAAACUCUUCCCAAGCGCGAGAAUCCUGCUCGUACGAUGCAACACGCCCGACAUGUUCCGCAAAGCGGAGAGCUAUCGGAAACUUCAAACACCAGCCUUCGAGGUAGUUCAGGAACAUGUUAGGAGUGGAGGCGAGGUUCUAGUGCACAGUUUCAGCAAUGGUGGGGGCAACCAGGUCGUCCACUUUGCGAAACUGUGGAGGGACGAGGAAGGAGGCUUUUUGCCGAUGCGAGCGCAGAUCUUGGAUUCAAGUCCCGGAAAGGGGCCGUGGAUGAGGAGUCAUGCUGCGAUUGUACUUUCGUUGCCGAGGACUUUCUUGUGGAGGGUCUUUGGCGGUUUGGCGGUUCAUUUACUGCUGCUGAUGAUAUUUUUGUUCAACAUGGUUACGCGAAAAGAACCAAAGUUCAUUAUCAUGGGGAGGGAGCUGAACGACCCAACGAUCUUUUCUACAAAGGCGCCCCGGGUGUACUUGUAUAGUAAGGCGGAUCAGAUGGUGGGGCACGACGAGGUGGAGGAGCAUGCUGAUGAUGCUACGUCGAAGGGGUACGAUGUCAGGAAGGUGAGGUUCGAGAGCAGUCCGCAUGCGGGACAUGUCCGGGAAGACGAGGGGAAGUAUUGGGGUGCGGUCAUGGACGCUUGGAAUAGAGGUCGACGGUGA